UAUAAAUCUAAUUCUCACCAUGACGAGCUUUUCCAGCUUGCUUGCACUAUAACACGCCCUUGUUUGCAAGGAUAACUUGGAAACUGACGUAACUGAGUCGAUCCUUCCUCAGGAACCACCUUGAAGUAUAAUCUAUAAAAUCUCACCCCUAAUUCCUAGAAACUGCUAAAAUAGAUGGAAUUUUCCUUUUACUUGAUCAAUACAGAAUAGGCUGAACGAUAUGGAUUUACCGUCAACAUUUGAGUUCCAAGGGUGGAAUAUCCGAUAUGACCUCGAAACUUCUAGCAACACGACAGCAGGAUCAACCCGCGCCCCGCCCAAACCUGUAGUCUUCGUCCACGGCACACCUUGGUCCUCGGUUGUUUUUAAACCUAUUGUCGAAGCACUUCUAGCAAAAGGCUCAUAUAAGAUUCUCAUCUACGACCUGCCCGGCUACGGACAAUCGCAGGAGUACAAUCCCGAUAGCAACUCAACUACACCCAAAGCCUCCUUCCCCGGCGACACAUCCGUGAAAUUCCAAGCCACAGCCCUCUCCGCACUACUCAACCACGUACAGCUCGAUGGAAAGGACACCAACCCCGCGCCCGCGGUGGUAGCGCACGACAUCGCCGGCACGAUCGUCCUGCGCGCGCACCUCCUACAUGACUGCAACUUCGCAUCUAUGCUGCUAGCGGAGAGCAAUUGCGUGUUACCCUGGGGCGAUGGGUUCUACAAGCUCGCGCGCUCAGAGCCGCAGACGUUCGUGAAACUCCCGGCUAAGAUCCAUGAAGCUGUUGUGCGUGCGGUUAUCAAGAGCGCGUGUCAUGAUGUUAAGGUUCUGGAGGCGGGGUGGGAGGAUGCGCUUAUGGGGCUGUGGAUUGAUGAGGAUGGUGGGGAGGUGGGAGAGCGUCAGAGGAGUUUUGUGAGGCAGAUUGCGCAGGCGGAUGAUGGGGAUGUGGCGGAGAUGCUGGAGGGGGGGGCGUAUGGAAGGGUGAGGUGUGAUGUGAAGAUUGUGUGGGGGGAGGAGGACCAGUGGAUCCCGAGGGCGAGGAUAGAGGAGACGAUUCAGAGGCUGGGGGGGAAGGUGAAGGAGACUGCGUUUAUUCCUGAUGCAGGUCAUUUGGUUAUGCUGGAUAAGCCGGAAAGGUGGGCGAUUGAGGUGUUUGACUGGCUGAUGAGAUGAAUUGAGGCAUCUGAUGUUGAAAUUAAAGGGCUGCGAUGUAUAAUAUUGAUAAAGAAUAAUUGUUUUUUCUAUUUUCUAUACCCAGCCAGGCGAUUUUCCCGUUUUUAAUAUAUAUAUCUAAGUCUAUGACUUCUGUGGUG